AUGACACCAGAGGCAAAGAAACGAAAGCAACAAAAGAAGAAACUUAGACAAAAGCAGAAGAAGGCUGCUGAAAGAGUUGCACCUCUAGGGGACCACCAACAAGAUUUAUCUCCAGAACCUGAAAAUAAUGAUUUAAUUAAUGACUCAAGUAGUAAUGAGGAGACUGGCUUGGAUGAGUCAGCACUGAAUAUUAACGACAAUUCCCCUUCUAAUGAACUAUCUGUAACGGACAAUACAGCUGCAACAACCGUCGGUGAAGAGAUGUUGAAGCAGAUACCUGUAGAGACACAAGACCCUACAUAUGAACCAGUCAUUUCAACCGACCAUUCUACAAAUAAGGGAUAUGCUGCCAACGCUAUGGGAUUUGAAUCUUUGGAGAACCCAGAUUUGCAAUAUGAGGAUGAUCGAGCCGUUGAUGAAAAUGCUAAUCAACCAACAUCAGAAACUAAAAUGGAGGCUACUCACGAUACAAGACAAUUUUCAAAGAACGAGCCUGCUCAAACACCAUCUUACAAUGAUGAUAUGGAUAUCAAUAUUUUGCAGCCUCCUUCUGAAUUAGAUACAAAAACCCCUGAAGAAAUCAUAGAUACCGAUACUCAGAAGGAAUUGUCAAACGUUGAAUCUGUAGAUUUUGAACAAAAACUUGAUCAAUCUAUCGGAGAACAACAACAACCUCUGAUCCAAGAUAAGAUUCUAACUGUCUCUCCAACUGUCUCCCCUAUCGAAGCAUCAACUACUGGUAAUCAUUUAGAGCAACCUGAAGAGAUAACAACGUUGGGUAAAGCAUCUGACUUUGAUUUAUUCCCAUCCCAGGAACCAACUGAACCAUUACCAUGGGAAUCUCAACACAGCGAACAAGCACAACAAGCAGUAGUGAACCCAACAAGUCAUGAAAGCAUAAUUCAACAAGAACAUCUAACUGGGGCACAACCACCGCCAACGGAUCACCAACAGCAACAGGGUUCUUUGAAUGGUCCUUUACCAGGAUUUAGCCCAGAUGUUCCAAAGUGGACACAUUCAGAGGUUCCCGAUGCUCAGCUAAACCCAGUUCGGGACAACUUAGAACCAGGAACUGCAUCAAACGACGCAAAGAAAGACAGCAACAAUGGAGCAGAACAGUUCGCAACUUCAGAACAGCUUUCCUUCGUUGAACAAAUACAAGCAGACGACCAUCCGUCUGAUGAAAACGAUGUAUCGAAUUCACUAGACAAAGAAGGGAUGUUUUGGGAAAACUCGGAUAAUAGUACGGAAAAGCUACAAGAAGAUACGAUUGAUGAACCUUCUGAACCUACGAUUAUUCUUAAUAAUGAAAGAGAAAUGGGGCAUAUGCAAGAAGAAACUGAGCUGCAAGAAAAACCAAAAGUUAUCCCAAAAAAGUUUUCAUUUUUGGAAGAAGAUGAUGAUUUAUUAGAUGAUGAUGCCGAUAGUUUUCUUGGAUCGGAUGAGGAACUUUUGCCGAACAAGGAUUCUAUCGCUAAUGUAACCGAGAAGCCAGUCCAAAAUAAUUAUGAAAUGGGCAAUGCAAUCACUCCUCAAAAGUCUAAAUAUCAACCAACUUUAUCCCAACCAUCAUUACAAACACACCGUAUACCUUCGCCACAAAAUCAAAACGCGUUCAUCACGGCAGGAUCAUCAUCGGUAUCAAUAAAUGCGGGUCUUAUUCCUCCUCAAUCGUUCAAUAAUUUUAUUACAAACGACAGAUCAUUGUCACAACAAUCACAAGCUCAGGCUGUUUUACCAACCUCAAAUUUUCCUAGAAGCGUAGAGCAAACGAAGAUUUUAAAAUUAAAGGAAGAAAAAAAAAAAUCUGAUGCAUAUGAUUUUCCAUUGGAAAUUAUUUCGGAUGAUACCAAGAGGGGACAUGCUAAACCAGUUAAUGUUCCCUCUCGUUUUGGGCCCAACACUUUCAAAACAGCGCCAAGUAUAACUCCUCAUAGCAGAGUCAGUUCUAUGUCUGGGCCUUCAAAACCUGGAUUUGAUCCUUCGAAAGGUAUCCCACUUGCACAACCGCUUCGCAGUUCAAUUGCUUCUCCGCCCGUUAAGAACCCGUAUGCUGUGCCCGACGUCAUUCCUACUCAGGGUAUGGUUAUGCCCGUUGGGAUCACUUCUCCUACUAUACCCUUCCAACAACCUGGUCCUAAUGUCUUCACGAGUAUUCCAAGUCGCCAAUACCUCGGAAAUAAUGUCUCUCAGACUGCAAGUACUUCCAUUGCUAGCGACAUACAUGGACGACAACAUUCGAAUAACUACAUGCCUCAAUUGCAAUCAACACCAGGGCUUCACGGUUCCAAACCACCUACCAGAAAUAAAUAUGCGCCACCCUCUACUCACGUGGCACCUUCAGCUACAACUCCAAUUGGAAACGCUGUACAACCAGGUCUGCAAAUAAAUAUACCAACACAAAUGGGUGCAGCUGUCAGAGCUACCUCAUAUGAUAAUACACAGCAAGUCAUAUCUCCAAUGCUAGCUAUGGCACCUGCUUUACCGAUGAAUAGUAACAACGGAUCUUUACCUGGGAGCACGUUUGUACCUCAAGGACAGCGUUUAAGUGUUGUAGGAUCGACCCCAACAGCUGCGAAUGCCAUACCUUUAUUAACUCCUGGACAGCCCAGUGUAGUACCUAAGGGAAGAACACAUGCGCGUUCCAAUUCUAGUGUCUAUGCUCCUGCUCAAAACAUGCAAGCCUCCAGAUAUGCACCUACGGUGCAUCCACAAUUCCAGCAAGAUAUCCCAAUUAAUCAGCAUGCUCAAUUUCCACCUACUUCCUUCCCGCUGCAAACUCAGACUUCUCAGCUUUCUCAAGCUCCACCUUCAUCCUUCCCUCCCCAGUCUCAGAUAUCUCAGCUCCCUCAAGUUCCGACAGCUACAUAUCCUUCUCAAACUCAACAUUAUCAGCAAGUACCUCAAAGUAUGAAUAGAGAAAGGGAUGCCGAAGUGGUAGAUCACCAACCUAUAGAUAAUCAAGCAUUACUUUCACGUCAAUUCCCUAUUUUUCAUUGGACAAACUCAAACAAAGUUUUGUAUGGAAUACCAAAAAACACGGGUAGCAAUUAUGGAUCUGGGAAUUCAUUGGAAUGUAUUAAUAUUGUUAAUUACGAAUCGUCCAUACAGCCAAACUUAGUUUUAAAAUCCUUUGUUGGACCAUUGAUCAACGGUAAAACAAGAGUGAAAGAUCUUGAGGCAUGGUUAGAUAACGUUAUUGAUGAUUUGUCAUCUAAAGAUCCAUCUAAGGAUUUAACAGUUUGGAGAUUACUAAGAUUACAACUUUCUGCUAAGACAACAUUAAAAGAUAUAUCUUCCGUUCUUUAUGACUCAACCCAGUUAUUAGCCUACCUCUCUCAACCUCUUCCAAACAUUGAGUUAACUCCAAAUGCUUUCAAGAUUGAUCAAGCGUCCCAAAUGAAAGUAUUAUCAUGCUUGCAAACUGGAAACCAUAAUGCAGCUUUACAAUUAUCACUUGAAAAGAAAGACUAUGCGAUGGCAUUAUUAUUAGGAAGUCUAGCUGGUAAAAAUAAAUGGUCAGAAGUGGUUCAGCAAUAUUUAUCCCAAGAAUUUACGGCAACGGCACCCGAACAGAAUGAAUGGGCAAAUUUAUUAUCAUUAAUUUUCCAAGCCUUUAUAGGGAAUUCAAAAAUGGCCAUGGACAAGUUUUACAGAAAUUCAGCUGAUGGACAUUGGGCAAUCAAUAAUUGGAAACAGAUCGUUGCGGCUGUGUUGAUGAAUGUUAAUGCUGAAAAUGAUAGCACGCCAUCAAACACUGCAAAAAUGCCGCUGGUAGUGACCGAAUUUUUAUUAGAAUUUGGUAUAUUUUUGAAACAAAAAAGUCAAGACUUAGCAGCUUCUAUAGUAUUUAUGAUAGCCCGUAUCCCACUUUCUUUGUCUCCAGUUAUGCCAGAUACUAUGUUUACAUUUGAUACCAUUGGUAAAUCAAGUACUAUCGAAAGUUGCUUAUGGUCAGAGGUAUAUGAAUUCAGCUUUUCUUCUGCUCCUAAAUUUGCAGGAUUUCCUUGUAUAUUACCUCAGAAAAUGUUCCAUGCAUACUGUUUACAAGAACAAGGAUUUAUAUCGAAUGCCUCCAAAUAUUGUGAUUACUUAACAAAUAUUCUGAAAACGCAACCGAAAACUGAUAUCACAGUUAUGAACUUAACUUUAUCUUUAACUGAUUUGACUACCAGAGUAUCUGACUCUAACACCGGUUGGUUAACAAAACCUAAAUUAGGGAGUGUUUGGGGUCAAUUAGAUAAAUCUUUCAACAGAUUCAUCGGUGGAGAUGAUAUAGAAAUGGAUGCUAAAGUUAAGAAAAAGGUCUUUGAUGGAUUUACUCCAUCAUCUUCCAAUAAUUCAUCUGUUGUAGAUCUAUCAUUGAAGGGAGCGGCGCCUCAAUUACAAUCGCAUAUAACCAUGCGUUCAGAUAGCACGAAAGAAAAUCAUGCUUUCUUACCGAAUCCCCAUGUUUCUGCUCAUAUCUCAUCAUCCAAUCAUCCAAAUCCAAAUACGGUGCAUAAUAACAGACAAGUAUAUGGUUUCCAGAACCAAUCAGAUUUAUCGUUAUUACCUCCAAAGGUUGGUAAUAGUCUACAAGGAUCACCUCAACGUUUGCCUGUACUUCAACCUUCCGAACAGCCUGCCGAAACAAGUAUGCAUGAUCUGAGGAGAGUACAAACAGAAGAACUAACAUUAGAAAGUUUGUCUUCAAAUGUAGGUGUUGGGCACCCAGUGAUAAAAACUAAGAGUACUGAGCCAAUGCAGAGCAGUAACAAAAAAAUCGACUUGCCUGACAGGUCCAGUAUGACACCACUUGCCACAGACCAUCAAACAGUACUACCAAGUGACAACGAAACUCCAAUUGUUCCAAGAAAACCAGCUUUUGUAGCUCCAUUAAAUGCACCCGUUCUUCCAGUAGAAAGAACAGAUUUUGUUAUUGCAACUACUUCGGAUGCUAACGUCGUUGAAGGUUCGGAGCCAGAACUGAUUCCAAAAAGGGAAAGUGCUGUUAGUUCAUCAGAAAAUGUGAACGAUAAGCACAGUGAAGAACUUCCAAGUACUACUAUGAUGGAUCAAUUUAUUCCAAAGGAAGUGGAAACUCAUGAAGAACCAACUCCUGAUGCUUCAUUAAUUACAGAAUCAGAAGCUAACGUUAAACCACCAAGUACUGAAGCAGUCUCUGAGCAGUGUAAUACAACAGUAGAAGAUAACCAAGAACAAUUUAAUAAACCAACUAUAACUCCAAUUAAUACGGACGCACAACGCAACGUUGCUACGAAACCAAUUGUUCCACCACCAUCCUUUGUAGCAGCAGAAUCGCCUAAGAGAUUGGCCUCAAAUAAUGGAUAUGCGGCGGUGAAGCCGAUUCAAAAUAGAUAUGCACCAUCACCGUCCCUUUCACCAUCGCAGGGACAUUCAGGUGAUGUCAACAAGUACACGCCAUCUGCACCAUAUACGAAUCCAAUACAGAAUGUCGAAAUGAACGAACACCUAAGUAAUCCUGAUGUGAUUCCGGCCGUUCCAUUUGUAUCAAGGCCUUCAAUGUUUGCACCUGUGCAGAAACCUGAGGUUAUCACUGACUCGACCUUUGAACCUGUUGUUAAAAUACCUCCGCCAAAUACUUCAUUUAAUCCGAUAGCUACGAAAGUGGACGAAACACAAUAUAAUGAUAUUGUAGAAGACGAAUCAGAUGAUGAAGAUGAUACAGAGCAUGCUCCAAAGAGCGAACAAGACGAUAUAAAACAAGAAAAGGAAAAGGAAAAAGCAAAAAAUAAGAAUAGAAGUAGUGAAGGAGGUACUUGGUUGAGAUGGUUGAAGAAGGAUUCAGAUGGAAAAAAACCUAUUAAGGCCACACUUGGAACAACGAAUCAAUUGCGUUAUGAUGAACAAUUGGGACGCUGGAUUUCAAAGAAUGCAACCGAAGAAGAGAAGGCCAAAAUUGCCGCUGAUGCAAACGCACUUCCGCCUCCUCCCCCAAUAGUGAAAAGAAAGGAUACGGUACCAAAAACUUCACCACGUCCUAGUUUUUCAGCAGGACACACUGUAGGAUCUAUUAUGCCGACAAAUUCAUUGACAGGAGAGCAAUUAUUGUCCCCAACUUUGUCUCAAGGGUCGUCUAUGACACCUUCUCUACCACCAUCUCGUAACCACACAUUACCACCACCGCAUACAAAUCUAUCAGGUAAAAAAGCCAAUGAUCUAGAUGAUCUAAUGAGCCUAUCAAGAGUACGUCGUACAACUGGAAGAAAACCCGGAAAGGGCUAUGUGAAUGUCCUAGAGAGUUUGAACUCAACUCAGAAAAAGUAA